GUCGUCGGCGGACCGGGGGACGACUGAGCGCGUCGCGUCGGUGACGGCGGUGGCAGCGGCGCGGCGGUGCGGUGACACCGGAGCGAGAGGGUGCGCGACCGGCACCUGGACAAUCGGCACAGGUCGGCGUCCGGUGGCGUCAUGUCCGGGUCUCGACACUCCCAGUCGUCCUUCUCCUACAGUUCGUCUCGGUCUACGGCACGGUCAGCAGGUUUUCUCUCUGAGCUCAGUUCGGCUGUUAGCAGAAAUGGCACCAAGGUUACGUCAGAGACCGUCCACCAAUCAGAAGAGAUGUCCGUGCACGAGGAGGUCUCUGAGAUCAGCACCUCCUCAGCUACCGAGAAGCAGCAGAAGGAAGUGGAGCUGGUGCACAACAUCGGGAUGACGCUGCGGCAGAUGAGGGCGCUGAAGAGGGAACAGAACCAGCAGACGACUGCCUCUUCACGACAGGUUUCCGAGACAUACGUGGCCUUCGAGGCGUACACACCGGACGAUGACGUCACCGGAGGAAUCAGCCUCAAACAGGGCCAGCGGGUGGAGGUACUCGACACUUCCGCCAAAGUCAAGCGGCAGCGACUGGACGAUGACGAGUUGGACCUGGAGGCCGAACAGCUGCUGGAUAACAGCGCCGCCCGGCACCGGAUGUCUGUGCGGCCGCCGCGGCGACACGCCAGUCCGAGGCGCCGCUCCGCAGAGGAGACCAGGUGGCUGGUGCGGGUGCGGCCCCGGACCAGCUCCCCGCCGGCAGAGGGCCUGGUGCCGGCCAGCGUCCUCCGCGCUGAGGGGACCUCCGACCCGGCCCAGGGGGCAGCACCGGAGACGCCGCGGGGCCGACGGAAGACCAGCCGGCAGGCCGGCAGUGGCGCCACCGAGCACCUCGACGACCAGAGGGCCGCGGUGGUGCGCGAACUGCUGGAGACCGAGGAGGAAUUCGUGAAGGACACCCAGUACAUCCUGGAGAACUACUACCACCACCUGGACUCGCCGAGUGUGCCCCGCGACCUGCGAGAGAAGAAGGAGGCGCUGUUUGGCAACUUCAGGGAGCUCUGCCAGUUCCACCAGAGGGAACUUUUGGAAGGCAUCAAGUACUACGCCGAUAAACCAUUAUUGAUCGGGAAAACUUUCCUUCGCCUGGCGCCCGACUUUGACAAGCACGCCAUCUACUGCCGUGACGAGCCGACCGCCCAGACCCUGCUCGAGACGGACAAGCUACUGGCGCAACACUUUCAGGAGCACGCCGCGGCACUACACGACGAUAAGGCUCUGAGCGAUCACCUGCGGCUGCCGAUUCAGCGCAUCAACGACUACCAGCUUCUGCUCAAGGAUCUGGUCCAGCUGUCCUCUGCACUAAAGGAGGACUGCAGUGACCUCCAGAGGGCCCUCGAGUUCAUCAUCAGCGUCCCACACAGGGCCCACGACCUCAAGUUCAUCAACAGCAUCGAGGGUUUCCGCGGCAACAUCCACAGACUUGGACGGCUGAUCUUGCAC